UGGAUACAUCGAUUGGAUUACGUCAUGACAGAACUGAAUUUAUCGAAGGCAGCGUGAUGCCUCGGGAGCCCAAUUGGGGAUAUCUGUUGACCGUGCUGCUGCUAUUGGUCGGUCUCCGCAAGGUUGGCUGCUCGACAUCCGCUCCUCGAUAUCCGGUCUGUAAACCAGGUCUCGAAUUUUGGUCGGUCGAGCAUGCCAACUGUUGGCCUUGCACCACAUGUGCUCCUGAGUUCACAUUGAGCCCCUGCACACUUUAUAAGGAUGCUAUUUGCGGGCCAUUCUCAGCUCUCGAGCUCGAUUGGUCUUUCCUUUCGGCCAGGAAACGACCGGAAACUGGUCAAAGAAGCCUCGAGGCGGUCACCUCAAAGAUGUUGUGGAGGUUUUCAGACUUGGACCAGCAACAGAUUACACAAGAGUCAAAGGAGUUUGUUGAGAAUACGGAGCAAGAUGUCCGUUCGAAAACGAAGGACCAGGUAUUGAACGAGCCUCGUUCGAAGAGCACGCCCACUUCAGAAGGGGGAAUCCUGUGGGACUGGCAAACCGGAGCGUUGAUACUUGCCGUUUGUGCCUGCAUUCUCUUUUUUCUUGUCGCAGGAUGCUCCGCUUUGGUUUACGCGAGACAGUGGCGUCGGAUGAAGAAGAACUUCGAACCAGCGGGUCUAGAAGAGAUCUCGGCACGAUUGAAUUUAAUGGUUAAGGCGGAACUAGCCGAACUGGUUGCAGGCGCGCCCAUGAACCCGGGUGAUCCCGAAACAAGGUGCCAAUAUCUCGAGAAACUCUUAGGUAAGAAAAUAUUUUCGUUCCGGAUUUACAUAGAAGAUGGAGGAGAGCCUGCGAAAGGGCAGAAGCAGCAAAUCGCCAGAAUUCAUCGAAAUAUCGAGACGAUUUUGCAUCAGAAGAAGAAUUCUAGCGAUUUGUAGGAACGUGAGAGAGAGAUGUGUGUAAAAGAAAAAAGGCAUUUUUGAGAAACGUCGAAGAGAAAUUUAGAGCGACGACUACUUUGUAUUUACACCCGUAUUUAUGACUGUAUUAAAAGUGGUGCGCGGGUAGAAGAGAAACGCCGAAAGGUACAAAAUCGUAUCGACGAUUGUAA